AUGAUAUCUUUGAAAGACCACUGUAGCAGCUUCCAAAGCGUAUCAGGGUUAACCGCCUUUCCGCCAAGAAGAGAAAUGUUGAGGCGUUUGCAUCUUUUUGCAACUCGUUUCGGUUGUUUUACGGGUCGUGGCAUCUCAAUGUCGUCAUCCACUUCUGUUUCAUUCGUGCUAGGACGACAACGAUGUCACUGGUCGCCGACGUUUUCGACAUUUGCAUCAUCAACGUUUUAUCGUCGCAACGUAUCUACAGGGAGAAGGCCUUGUUCAUAUCUGCCCGUUUUCGGUUGUCGCGUCAUGAGUACAGCAGCACCUCUCGACAAAUCACUUUACAUUCUACCGAAUGACUCGCCAGUUUGUCAACUUGACUGCACCGAUGCUUUCAAUGCCUUGACUAAUAGGGAACGGCAGUAUGCUCAUUACAUGGGAAGAGCGUCGUAUGAUGGGGCGUUAGCAGUUUUUCUGCAGGUUUCACCUGAAUCUGCGGGGCUUUUCGCAACGUUCUAUAGGCUAUUUAAAGCAGAGAGCUUGGACAGCCUGAAAGCAAAGGCUUUAAAAUCCGGAUUUACCGAUGAGGAAUGGGAGGGAUUCUUAGUAUAUGUUGCUGGAUUUUACUAUAAUAACGGAAACUAUCGUGGUUUUGGAGAUUCAAAAAUCAUUCCUAGCGUCAGUGCGGAGAAAAUUGAUGCAUUGGUGCGUUCAGCUGAAGCCGGAAAAUCCUCACCACUAUUCAUUAGCACGUGGGAGGCGGUGAAACCGUUAGUGUGUUCACUUGAAGAAAAUCAACUGCACUUAGGCUUUGGAAAUAAGGGUGUAACUUGCUACCACAGCGAAAAUAUUACGAAAGAAGAUGCGGAGAAGAUUGAUAGAUAUCUUAAAGCUAAGCACGUCGAGUCGUGGAACACUAGACUCUUUAAAGAUUCAGAGAAGAGAAACGGUAAAACCCUAUACAGGAUCAAGUUGGCUAGCAGCAAAACAGAUGGGGCCUCAGAAGAAGAAUUUGAAGAUUUCACUGUGCUCACUGAGCGCGGGGAUUACUCCCCGUUGAUGACUCGGGCGUGCGCGUGGCUACAGAAGGCAGAAAAAUCGGCAGCAAAUGAUAAUCAGAAGAAAAUGAUCUCCAAAUAUAUAGAGCAUUUUACUGAAGGCGACAUUAAGCAUCAUAAGGAUGGUUCACGUUUCUGGAUUAAGGAUGUCGAGCCAGUUAUUGAAAGCUACAUAGGCUUUAUCGAGAACUACCGUGAUCCAGCCGGGACGCGUAGUGAAUUCGAAGGCUUUGUCGCAUGUGUAAAUAAAGAAACAUCACAAAAAUUCAAAACACUGGUGCAAAGAGCUGAAGAGAUACUGAAGAGAUUACCGUGGGGAAAAGCAUACGAAAAAGACCAUUUUUUAAAGCCAGAUUUCACAGCAUUGGAUGUGUUGGCCUUUGCAUCCAGUGGACUUCCAUCGGGAAUUAAUAUUCCUAACUAUGAUGAUAUCCGUCAAAAUGAAGGUUUCAAGAACGUUUCGCUUGGAAAUGUCAUAGCAGCUACACCAAAACAGAAAAUGAACUUUAUUGACCAAGAAGACGAGGACCUUAUGCAUAAAUAUCACAAGGACUCGUUUGAAGUGCAAGUCGGAUUGCACGAGUUGCUAGGACACGGUAGUGGGAAACUGUUUCAGAGGAAUAAGGACGGCACAUUCAACUUCGACAAGGAUACCAAGGAUUUGAUCACUGGCGAGCGGGUUUCCAAAUGGUAUGAGCCCGGCGAAACGUGGUCAUCGAAAUUUGGUCCCUUAUCAAGUGCAUACGAAGAAUGUCGUGCAGAAGCAGUAGGAUACGUGCUAUGCUGCGAUAAAGAUAUUUUGGAGAUAUUUGGCUACAAAGACGAAAUGGCUGAAACAGUGAAGUAUGUGAAUUGGCUGAAUGAAAUUCGUGCUGGAUUACUAGCGCUUGAAUUUUACUCACCAGAAGCCAAAAAAUGGGGUCAGGCUCAUUGUUACGCGCGUUACGUGCUAACUAAGGUAUGCUUGGAAGCUGGACAAGGAUUUGUGAGCAUCACGGAAUGUACUGGUGAAGAUGGCAAGCCUGAUCUGAAGUUCAAGCUUGAUCGGACAAAGAUUGAUUCAGUUGGGCGGCCAGCAGUGAACGCUUUCUUAGCUAGGCUUCAAGCCUACAAGUCUACAGGAGAUUUUGAAGGAGGCAGAAAAAUGUUCGAGAGUUACGGCAAUGUGUCAGAGCAAGAAGUACGAUGGCGCGACAUUUGCGUAGCUCGACGAAAGCCUCGAAGGUUGUUCGUGCAAGCAAAUACCAAGAUGGAUGACAAAGGUGAAGUCACCUUAAGAACAUAUGACGCGACUGCAGCAGGCGUUAUUCAGUCAUUCGUAGAGCGUUAUGAACCUAGCGCUAUCGAUGAUCUCGAGCAGUGGCUGCGCAAUGUUGGCAAGUGUUGGAGAAAUCGUCAUGAAAAAGGCGUGUUCAGAGCGUUGGCUGAUCUGAUGGUAUCCCAGGGGAAGAUCACGUACAACACCGCUACUAACUUGUGUGCCAAAAUCCGUCGCAAACCGUCGGAAUUCCUGGAAGUGACUGUGUACUUACAACGCGAGAACAGUUUCCACAGACGCCGACCUGCUCUUCUCGGAGCUGCAGAGCGUAUCAAAUUUCACGUGAUUGCUCUGCAGGAGACCAAGUGCAGAAGGAGCGACGUACGACAGAUGAAUGACGGUACACUUGUCAUUCGUGGAGAGAAGGUUCCGUCGCGAAAUGUAGGCGGUGUUGGUUUCGUUGUGCACCCAUCUGUCGUCCAUCUCGUCGAUUCUCACGAGAUCCUGUCACCUCGUCUGGCCAUUCUUCGCCUCCGCCCUCUGCGCCAAAAAUCCAUCAGUAUCAUCAACUGCUAUUCACCAACAUCAGCAGCUGAUGAUUCCGAAUUGGACGCGUUUUACGAGGAGCUGGAGGAAGUAGUCCACAACGAGAAGUCCUUUUACAAAUUCGUUGUCGGAGACUUCAACGCAAAACUAGGAAAGGCCACAGAAGAGGAAUACAGGAUUGGAAGAUUUGGACUAGGGGACCGGAAUGAAAAUGGCAAUCGUCUCGCCGGGCUGUUGUCCGCCGCUCGCCUCUUUCAUGGGAACUCUCUUUUCAUGAAAAAAGAUUAUCGUCGGUGGACAUGGGAAUCGCCCAAUGGCGCGACUCGUGCGGAGAUCGACCACAUACUCACCAACCGGAGGUGGUGUCUACUUGACGUCUCAGUAGUACCAUCCUUCUGUAGUGGUUCUGAUCACCGUCUCCUUCGUGCGAAAAUACGACUUAGCCACACGAUGGAAAAGAACAUCUGCUAUCGGCAACGAAGGAGAAAAGAAGUCGUCUACGACGAUUGCGUACUCGAGGACUCCCUGUCCCAAGGUGACUGGCACAUCGAGGAGGACCCAAACGUGGACUACGAGAUGUUGCUCAGAGGAUUACGAGCCUGUGCUGAACGUGCCUCGAAGUCGCGCACGACAAACUUGGAUCGAAUUUCGAAGACCACCAAGGAAUUGUUAGGAAGAAGAAGGGCUUUGAGGCUUGAUCCGAAUGCAUCGCACAUUGAGCGGCAGAAGAAGAUUCUAGAAGCAGCACAAAGAAGAACGAGUCUAAAGAAGUGCCGCAGGGACCUCCGCGAAUAUAAUAUUCCGCUAGCAACCUUGCUGAGCGAAGACGGGACUCGCACGUCUUCUCGUCGUGAGAUGGAAGUCAUUACGGAGAGGUUCUACUCGAACCUUUUCCGUUCAUCAACUCCUGUGUCAAGCCCAAUCAUCCCCAGUGGCGAUACUCCACCACGGAUUCUCCCUUCGGAAGUACGAGUCGCUAUCAAGAGCAUGAAACCUGGCACAGCCCCGGACCUGAUUUUAUAUCAGCAGACUUUCUUCGGGCUGAAAGAAAGGAUCCCAGACCAGUGGAAGACCUCGCGAACCGUUCUUAUCCAUAAGAAAGGUGACCGAGAGGACCUUCGGAACUACCGUCCGAUAUGCUUGCUGAGCGUGUUAUACAAAGUAUUCACCAAGAUCAUCCUCACACGCAUAUCUAGGACGCUGGAUGAAGCCCAGCCUCAAGAACAAGCUGGAUUCCGCCAAGGAGGUUUGCCGGAAUACCGCCUGCCCCUUGUUCUAACCUUCGUCGACUAUGAGAAAGCCCUUGACAGCGUAGAAACGAAUGCAAUACUGUCAGCGCUGGUCGAUCAAGGUGUGGACGCGUCGUAUGUGAGGACAUUAGCCAAUUGCUACGAACGAUGCACGACUAGGAUACAGCUUUUCCACCGCCCUCUCACCAUACCCAUUGGAAAGGGGCUCCCAAAUCGUGGAAACUCCGUCAUACGUAUACCUCGGACGUUCUAUGAACAUGGAAAACGACUGAAGGAAGAACUGAAUAGAAGAAUGAGAGCAGCAUGGGCAGCAUUCGCAGCCGUCAGGGAAGCUACGGACCAACUGACGGACCAUGAUCUUCGUGCCCAUCUGUUCGACUCGACAGUCCUUCCAGCGCUCUGUUACGCAGCGGAGACGUGGGCAGACACCGCGGCCACGUCUAGGAAGCUACUUACUACCCACAGAGCCCUUGAGAGAUGUCUCCUGAAGUUUAACCGGCGCACACAACACCUUGCCGGUCUUCGUAGCUCCGACUUAAGAGGAAUGUCCCGUCUUCGCGACCCAGCGGAAUAUGUAUCGAAAGCAAAACAUAGAUGGGCCGGUCAUAUCAUGAGAAGAAUCGACGAUAGAUGGACUAAAAGAACGCUAGAGUGGAUCCCAAGGGACGCUAAACGCCCCCGAGGGAGACCGCCAACGAGAUGGAGUGACGUGUUCGCUGCACGGAUGGACCAGCUGAGAGCUCAGCUGGAUACGGCUCAAGGACCUCGUCAACGUCACUCACGAAGCUUGAGAACAUCUUGGAUGACAAUGGCGAGGGAACGAAACGAGUGGAAGAGAUGCUGGGGCCCGCACGUCGAGUGA